CAUCAAUCUGUUAGUCCAUUCUGCAAAACCCCUUAAAAUCUGCAGGUUAUCAAUGUGUAUCAACGCAGUUGUAUUGGAUUGGAUAUAACUCACUAUCUUCUCCUGUCCUAAAAUUUAACUGUCCAAUGUCUUCUUCAAAACUCACAUUAACGCGUCUAUACUUACUUUCCACUUUAUAACCAGCUAACCACAUUAUUACUACUACAGUCCUACUUCUCUUCUUCAGUCUCAUUUAAUGCAAAUCUCCAUAUCCAUUUUUUCUCUACUUCAAUUUUGGUGCUAUAUAAAUUAGAACCUGAAGAAAGCUUGAACUUGUUAUACUGAGUGAUCCAAUAUGUCUAAAACUAGUAAUUCUUCUCUGUUAUUAUGCUUCAUUUUCUUCUUCGCGUUUUCUUCGUUUUCGUUAGCGUCUAAUGUUACUUAUGAUAGUCGCUCUUUGAUUAUUGAUGGACAAAGAAAACUCUUCCUCUCUGCAUCUAUACAUUAUCCUCGUAGUGUACCUGGUAUGUGGCCAGGACUGGUUAAGACAGCCAAACAAGGUGGGAUUAAUGUCAUUGAAACUUAUGUCUUUUGGAAUGGACAUGAACUUUCUCCUGGGAAGUAUUAUUUCGAUAAACGAUGGGAUUUGGUCAAGUUCGCGAAAAUUGUUCAACAAGAAGGGAUGUAUUUGAUUCUAAGGAUUGGUCCAUUUGUUGCUGCUGAAUGGAAUUUUGGUGGGAUACCUGUUUGGCUGCAUUAUGUGCCAGGAACCGUCUUUAGAACUGAUAACGAGCACUUUAAGUUUUAUAUGCAAAAUUUUACGACAUAUAUAGUGAACCUGAUGAAGAAAGAGAAGCUUUUUGCAUCACAGGGAGGCCCUAUCAUCUUGUCCCAGAUAGAGAAUGAGUAUGGAGAUAUUGAAAGAGUGUAUGGAGAAGGGGGCAAGCCAUAUGCAAUGUGGGCUGCAAAGAUGGCUGUUGCUCAAAAUAUAGGUGUACCUUGGAUAAUGUGUCAGCAGUAUGAUGCACCAGAUCCUGUGAUCAAUACCUGCAAUUCUUUUUACUGUGAUCAAUUCAAGCCCAACUCCGAUAACAAGCCAAAAAUUUGGACUGAGAACUGGCCUGGAUGGUUCAAGACAUUUGGGUCCAGGGAUCCUCAUAGGCCAGUUGAAGAUGUUGCUUUUGCCGUUGCUCGGUUUUUUCAGAAAGGCGGUAGUGUACAUAACUACUACAUGUAUCAUGGUGGGACAAAUUUUGGUCGCACUUCAGGAGGGCCGUUCAUUACUACAAGCUACGACUAUGAUGCACCAAUUGAUGAAUAUGGAAUUGCUCGGCUUCCAAAAUGGGGACACCUCAAGCAACUUCAUGAAGCUAUAAUGUUAUGUGAGCAUGCACUGCUACAUGGUGUACAAACUCUGGUGUCUCUUGGUCCUUCUCAAGAGGCUGAUGUUUACUCUGAAGCUUCGGGAGGCUGUGCUGCUUUCCUUUCUAACGCCGAUGAAGAAAAUGAUAAGACAGUCACCUUUAAGAAUGUAACAUAUCAUCUUCCAGCCUGGUCAGUCAGUAUCUUACCAGACUGCAAGAAGGUGGCGUUUAACACGGCAAAGGUGGGAUUUCAAAGCUCCAUACUGGAAAUGGCACCAGAAAAUCUUCAGGUGUCUUCAGAUAAAAAAUCCGGCAGUCUGCAGUGGGAUAUAUUUACAGAAAAGGCAGGGGUCUGGGGAGCAGCUGAUUUUACUAAAAAUGGUUUGGUAGAUCACAUAAAUACAACAAAAGAUACUACUGACUACCUUUGGUACACAACAAGUGUGUAUGUUAAUGAAAAUGAGAGCUUUUUGAGUAACGGAAGCCGUCCAAAGCUUGUCAUCUCAUCGAAUGGUCAUGCUCUGCUUGCUUUUAUCAAUCAGAAGCUUGAAGCUAGCGCAGCUGGAAACGGUGGUGGCUCGGCUUUCAAAUUUGACAGUCCCAUUAAUUUGAAGGCUGGGAAGAAUGACAUUGAUCUUCUUGGCAUGACAGUGGGUUUAUCAAAUGCAGGACCAUUUUAUGAUUUUGUACCAGCAGGGAUAACCAGUGUGAAGUUAGAGGGGUUUAAUAAUGGAACCAUUGACUUGUCAUCAAAUACCUGGAUCUAUAAGAUUGGGCUAGAAGGUGAACACCUUAAGAUAUACCAGCCAAGUGGUACAAACAGUGUGAAGUGGCAGUCAACUUCAGAGCCACCAAAAAAUCAACCUCUCACAUGGUACAAGGCUGUAGUGGAUGCUCCAAAUGGAGAUGAACCAAUUGGUUUAGAUAUGGUAGACAUGGGCAAAGGCCUUGCUUGGCUGAAUGGAGAAGAAAUUGGAAGAUACUGGCCAAGGCCAAGCUCUAUAUAUGAGACCUGUACUGCUGAUUGCAAUUACAGAGGCAAAUUCAACCCAAACAAAUGCAGCACUGGUUGUGGUGAACCAACUCAAAGAUGGUACCAUGUUCCAAGGUCUUGGUUCAAGCCAUCUGGAAAUAUUCUUGUGAUUUUUGAAGAGAAAGGGGGAGAUCCAGGUAGAAUUAAAUUCUCAAGACGAAAAGUUACAGGUGUAUGUGCUCUUAUUUCAGAGGAUUAUCCCUCUCUAGAGUAUGAAUCUUGGAAUGAGGACAUGACAGUGAAAAAAGAGAUCAGACCAACUCUCCAUCUGAAUUGCCCCAAAGGCACACUGAUAUCUGCAAUAAAAUUUGCAAGCUUUGGAACCCCAACUGGAAAAUGCGGUUCUUACAGCAAGGGUGACUGUCACGAUCCUACUUCUCUUUCGAAAGUUGAAAAGGUCUGCUUGAACAAGCAAGAGUGUGCUUUAUCACUGUCAAAGAGGAACUUCAAUAUGACCUUAUGCCAUAGCUCAACGAAGAAGCUAGCUGUUGAAGCUGAAUGCAGCUUAUAUAUUUGAGUUACAAUAGCAGCAGCAACCAAGUCAGCUUACAUCUACACGUACAGCCCUGAUGCUCCAUUUUUGUCAGUCAUACGGGUUCCAGCCAGAUUCUUAGCCUAUAGAAGCAAUAUAUAAACGAUAGAAGUCGAAUGUUUUCCCUCAAGAGUGAAAUAAAGAGUUUCCUUUUUCUUUUCAUUACUUUUUUGCUUGGGCUAUCGAGUGUUGCUGCAAUUUGGCUAAAAUUGGUGUUACUUGACUAUCAAAGACCACCAUUGACCAAACAUUCUUAUGAUUUCCUGUAACAAUUUAUUUAUGUAUUUAUUUAUUUAGUUUCA